AAACAGCCAUUUUCUCUUUCUUUGCUAUUCGCGUCUGUUUAACUGUGGGCGUAUAUAUGUAUAUAUAAGCGCUGAAAUGGGCAGCUCAUCUUGAUAAGUGAGGGUACGGUGCUCGUACUUCGCUUCCAAUAAGAAGCUUCCGCCGGCGAUUGUUUCUCUGACUCGUCGGAGAACUGAACAACUUUUGAACUUCCGGCAACGUUACGAUUUGAGUUGAAAGGUGGAAAGCAGAGAUCUUUUUCAAGGUGCGAAAAUGGGAGUGAAAGUUGCGAUUACGUGUUUACAUUGGUCAAAACCUUCGGCGGCGCAGUCGCCGUCUUCUUCUCAUGCCCUCACCUCUGCUACUUGGAAAAGGCGUAAUUUUACAAGCAGUGAAGGUGGUCUCACAUGGCGGUAUGUGCGUAAUAUAUUAUUGCACCGGUCGGCUCUACUGGGGCCCAAUUCAAUGAGGCUUUUCAGGUCCUUCUCUACUGAGCUGCCGAAACGCAGAGCGCGUUCAAUCACACGCGCCAGCUUAGACUCGUUCUCAGACGAGGAGUUCUCCAAGAAAAUUCAAGAAUUGGCUCUGAGGUUUCAGUUGUCUGGUGAUGAGUAUGAAGAUUCGGAAAAGGAGGAAUUAGUGGGUGAUUCUAGGCAAGAACAGUAUGAGAGGAAUGAUUCCAUGUUUUUAGAGCCACCGGAUUGGGUUGAGAGGGAGGAGAUUAUUCCAGAAUGGAAGGCAAAUAGUGUGGAUCUCCCCUUUUCUCUUAGGAUUAUAAAGAGAAAAAAGCAGUGGGAAGAGGGGUUUCACGAAGAAGAAGAAGGGGAGGAGUUAGUCUCUUGCUCUGUGAAGAGAGCGUUUUCGAAUAUGGUGUUCAUAAUCCGGGAACUCCAUAGCUAUACGUUGCAGAUGAGAGAAAUGUUGUUUUAUGAAGAUUUGCAGGGGGUUUUAGUGAGAGUUCAGAAGGAGAUGCACGCCUCUUUUGUGUGGCUGUUUCAACAAGUGUUCUCGCGAACCCCAACUUUGAUGGUGUAUGUGAUGAUACUGCUCGCCAAUUACAGUGUCCAUUCCAUGGCAAUGACUAAUGGUGGUGCCGCCAUUGCUGCACCGCUUCCACAGCAGCCUUAUGCAGCUACGGGGGAGGCGGUUUCCGUGAUGGAAGAUCAAACUAAUCCAAAACAAAAGUUCGAUUCUUCUUCCAUUAAGACCUUUUCGGUGUCCUCUUCUAAUGGGAAAAGUACUUGUAUUGGUGGAAGCAGUGGUGGUGGUGGAAAAUUCAGGCCAACCACAGGCGCUACAGAUGACGAUGGGGGGACGUUUAACUCGCGACUCUCCUCUGAUUAUCACCAGACUGUUUUCCCUGAUGGGUUGUCCACAAUCGGAGGAGAAGAGUCGGUUUCCGGUCAGUGUGACUUGGAAGAAGAGUUGAGGUUAUGGAAUUCUAUUGAAGAAGAGGCUUCAAGAAUGCAGUCUGAAUUAAGAGAUGAAGCUUUGGAUCAUGAGACCGUGAUCGGAUUCGUAUCGCCAAUAAAUGCAAAGAUUGAAUCAGAUGAUUAUACUGAUUAUUUCAGAACAGAGCUGAUGUAUCAAACCGGACUCGCCCAAGAACCGAACAACAGUCUUUUGCUUGCCAACUAUGCUCAGUUUCUAUUCCUCAUUGCCCAAGAUUAUGACAGAGCGGAGGAAUAUUUCAAGAGAGCAGCUGCAGUGGAGCCUAAGGAUGCAGAAGCAUUGAACAAAUAUGCAACGUUCCUGUGGCAGGCGAGAAACGACAUCUGGGGUGCAGAACAGACGUACCAGGCAGCCAUGGAUGCCGACCCAAACAACCCCUUCUAUCCUGCCAAUUAUGCUCAUUUCCUGUGGAACACGGGGGGCGAAGACACCUGCUUUCCUCUUGACACUCCUGAUGCCUAAUCCCAAACCAAACCUAGAAAAAUAUAAGCAUACACAUAGUUGUUCAAUAUUUGCUUUUAUGAAAGUUUUUCUAUGAAAGUGAAAUUGGCAGGAUUUCGUUUUCACAUGGGCUGCUGCCAGGCUUGGCGUUUUCUCUUUGGUUUUUCAGAUUUUUAUAAGCUCACUUGGUAUGAAAGCUGGAUGAUAGGGUUGCAUUUUAUUGUAAAGGCAGACCAAACAAUUUUAGUGGGUUUUUCAGAGGAUGGCUGUUUUGUCGGCUUCUCUCUCGUCUAUCGCUCCGAAGACGUCAUUUUCAGCUGCUUGAUUUGACGAUCUGAAAGUGCCAAAGAGGACCACUCUCAACUUGGUGUUUUUUUUUUUUUUUUUUUUGGCACAGUUACUUGAGUUGUAUGUUCUUUGUAAGUUUCAACAGAAUCAGAUGGCCAAACUGUAAUUAAUACAACGCUGAUAGAUGCUUUAAACAAAAUUUUGAAACCAA